UCUUAACCGUCUUAUGCCGAUUGAUUAGAAUCGGGACAUACAAUAAAUAAGAAGAUCUAUUGCAGAUAAUUUUCUGACUCAAAGGGAAACUCCACCCCACACCAUCACAAACAACAUCAACGAAAAUCCUUGUGGUCACUCGAAAGGAGGGUAUAUCUUGACAUACUUUGAUAUCAAAGUGGUCAAUUUAUAUCUCAAUCACUAUAUCUCAUCAAGAUUGUCUUCUAGGACAUCUCCUCAAUCAUAAUUGGCUCAACACAACGUAGGCCGCUUAGGCGCCUCCCUUGUGUUUGCAAUUCAUAAGCCAUCAUGCCUAUCUCAAUGGCUACAAAAUUGGGUAUACAAUUCGCUCGUUUUGCCGCUGCUUCUGGAAACGCAGGAUCGUCUGGUCUUCGUGGAGCUUUGAAUAAUGCAGCUUCAGGUUCAUCAUCUGCUACCUCUUCUUGGACGCAAGGCUUAAGCUCAGGCGGUGCUUCAUCAACCAAUGGCGCAGGAAUCGGUGGUGCGAAAUUUCAUGCUGGAAGGGGUGCUCACUCAAGCUUUCAGCAAUCUGGACGUGCUUUGGCAAAUGCAAACGCAAGCUCAUCCAACGACGGCAGUAAUUCUAUCGGAGACGAUGACGAAGAUCUUGCAGCCCAACAAGCACGCAUCCAUCGACCAGGACAAUUACACAGAAGCGGUUUGAUCGGCAGACAUAUCAGUCAAUCACAUGCUCGCCUUGUGCGAUCAAAACGUGAAAGCUACAUCACAUCCUUGCCAGCGCUACAAUUGAUCUUACCAAGAGCAGAGCAUUCGCUUCUCAAUAGUUCAGCAAGUCCCGCUCACGUUCGUACGCUCACCAAUGAUGCUUCCACAAGCUCGCCUCAGCCAAUUAAGGAAGCUUUAUCACCCUCGGAGGAAAAGCCUAUACUACAGUUAGAGAAUGCAAAUCAAAAACCAACGAAAACAAUCCAAAAGCGAAGACCCGGACGUAGUCAUAGUAUGGGUGCCACUGUUGGAAGACGAACAGGAUUACUUGGUAAUUCUGAAUCGACCGACCUCGGACCGAUGCUCAACGACGCAUCACGGCCUUUCUCACCUGUUCGUAUAGAAGAAAGUCAAUCUCGGUCGCCUGAAGAACAAUUGAUACAACAAGCUAUAGAGGAAGAGGACAGCGGGAAGAUGAGAAGUGCAGUCCAUACAUAUCGCAAACUCGAUCCAUCCCGACAAUCAGUCUCAGGAUUCAACAAAGCCUUGCAAGCCCUGCUUCAGAUCAUUUAUACUGAUGCAGAGAAAGAUACCAAUGACAUCGUUGCCACUUAUUUGCAGAUGAUCGAAGCCGACAAGCGCCCUAAUGCGCGAACGUGGGAACUACUGACAAGGGCAUUAUGUGAACGAGAUCUGAUUUUGAACUCUGAGCACAUAACCGGAAAAGAUGAUGAAUCUUUUGAUCAAGCCUUUUCUCUCUUCAAGCUAGCUCAUGCCUCUGGAGCUGGAGGAUUUUUUACCCAGAGACCUUACAACAAAUUACUUUUGUGUUGCUCUCUGCGAGGAGACACCGAAAAAGCGUGUGAUGUCUUCCAGCAAAUGGCUUCAAAUAAGCACGUCGAAAUCGAUCGGUCAACGUUCAGAUUUCUAUUAAAUUGCUUUGCCAAGGACCGCAGGUUGCAAAAAGACGAGUCAGAACAAGAAAGAGACGCGAGAAUCAUAUCACAGACCCGGCAAAUCUUUGAAACCUUUGAGCGGAAGAGAGCGGUGGAUAGUAUUGACAACAGCAAUGACAGCGGCUUUUCCCAUUCCUCGGUUAUCUGGAAUACUAUGAUAAAGAUUCAUUAUGAUUGUAACGAUAUCCCGGGCGCUUUGAUGCUGAUUGAAAAAAUGCUCACAGACUCUUCCGCUCCAUUGCCAACGUCUUCAACAUCUAGAAUCAUUAUCAAGAAGCUGCUGGAGAAAGGUGAAUCUGUGGAUGCGAUGAAGUGGGUAAACAAAAUCAUAGACAGUCAGCUUCAAGCAAAAGGAGACAAUGCUCAUGGACACGCUCGCUGCCUACCUUUGCCUGUAGUAGAAUAUCCUUCUAUGGACACAGCGAAUCGAGCAGGGAUUGAAGAUUUACCGCUAGUUCAGAUACUGAAUCGCGUAGCCUCUGGAUUCAUUGAAAUUUAUCGAGACACGAAGCUGGACGAAGAAAGUCGCAAAAACCUUUAUUCUUCGGUCAGGAUAGCCUUACUUGCGAACAGUCACGUAUUCGAUGACUCCAUUCUCAAGAAUAACGUGGAACUGACUUCAACACUCAUGGAUGAUUCUUUGCAAUUGAUCUUGAAACACUCUGAGCUGAACGAUAAUACAACUGGCGAAGACGAGAUAUUAUCUGCCGACUUGGCUAAAGAUUCCCGGUUCUUUGCCAGAACGAUCUUGAUAAAAGUUAUUCAACCAUUAAUUGAAUUGAGGCGAUUCCAAGACGCAAUUUCGGCAUUCACUUAUGCUAUUCAUUAUCAUUUGCUUUUACCAGAUGUUCGUAGUCGCGUGGAAAGGGUAAGGGAGGAGGGAAUGCAUGUUGCCGAUUCGGUCUUUGCUAUACGAGAUUCGGUCAAGCUCCUCACGGGAGACAAUGUUCCACAAUUGCAUCGGAUUGGAAAACCCUUGGAUGCUUCCGAGAGGGAACAAUAUGCUUUUCAGAUGCUUGUCGCCUCUGUACAAAUGCUUGUUCCUUCUUUAGUGCCACUUCAUCAAUCUGAAAUCACGGAGGACCUCAACGAGCGAGUGGUGGAAUUGUAUAAUGUCGUCAGAGGACAAGUCGCACCUGAAGAUCUCCCAUUCAGCUCGAAAGACUGGUCUACUUUGCUCGAUGUUUUCGCUGCCCAUGAAACAAUGAAGGAAAACGGCUUUGACCGAGAUUCUGGUUGCAUUAUCCUUUUGGAAGAUUUGGCCAAACUUCCCAGAGAGACAGUUCAAGAAUUGGAUUUGACAAGAGUAGGCACGAUCGCGCUAAGCAAAUAUCCUUCAGAUGCAAAUAUGCUUUUGGCAGCUAUCGACCCCUCCUUAGCUCAGCAAAUAAUGGAAUCAUCACCAGAGGCAAGAUUAUCUCCAGAUGGAGGCAGUAAUGCUGAUGCAACAUCAGAGGCUACAACAACAUUAACAUUUGAAAGCAUUCUGGACGGCUUUACCUCACCACCUUCCAGCAUUGGCGAAUCGGUAGCCCAGCAAGCAUAUGCGCCUAUCCAGCUGAUUGAUGAAGACUUGUGUGCUGGUUUGUUGGUGCAGAAUGCAGGCUCGCGUAGAUCAAAAUUCUCUCAAGCAAUACCAGCCGAUCCAGAAGGUGCAUAUGACAGGCUUAUGACGUCCAUUUCCGAAACAGGCACCUAUCCUACAGUUCGAUCGAUCGGUGCAAUGAUGGUUACUGCUGGAAGGAAUGGCAAUUUAGAUCGCGUUCAACAAUUAUAUGUUGUUGGUUGCCAUGUAGUAGCAUCUCUUGGUGGCGACAUUGACUGGCAACAAUGGUCUUGGGCUUCGUUGGAAAAUGAAAUGAUUACAGGAUUGGCACAUGCGGGCGAAGCAAAAGCUGCUUCGGAUCAUAGACAUCGAUUGAUCAAUGCUGGUCAUGUUCCGACGGCAAAUGCUUAUGCAGCCUUGAUCACCGUUGUGCGUGACACAACAGAUGAUGCAAUGAUUGCUGAAGAAUUGUAUCAAGAGUCACAACGAUUAAACGUUGAACCGAAUGUCUUUUUGUACAAUACGGUUAUCAGCAAGUUGUGCAGGGCCAGAAAAAUGGAGAGAGCUUUGCAAUUAUUCGAAGAAAUGCGUCAAAGGGGUCUCAACCCUUCUAGCGUUACGUAUGGAGCUUUGAUCAAUGGCUCUACUCGAAUUGGGGAUGAAGCAAAAGCAGAAGAGUUGUAUGCUGUCAUGGAAUCUGAUCGUAUGUUCAAGCCUCAAGCACCACCUUUCAACACGAUGAUUCAAUUCUACGUUCAUUCACAGCCGGACCGAUCGAAAGCGUUGGCAUAUUAUGAUAGAAUGUUGCAUCACAAUGUCGAGCCAACAGCACACACGUACAAACUUCUUUUGGAUGCUUACGGUACCAUUGAACCGGUUGAUAUUGUCGGAAUGCAGGAUAUCUUUGGAAGAUUAAUUGCUGCACGAAAGGUAAAUGUAGAUGGUGCACACUGGGCAUCCGUCAUUACUGCUCAUGGUAUACACUGUCAGGAUUUGCAAAGAGCGAUUCAAAUCUUUGAUUCAAUCCCUAAUCAUGUUUCAACUCGAAGGUCAAAGCUAAAAUUGCCCGAUGCGCUCACGUAUGAAGCAAUUUUGAACGUAUUCUUGACGCAUAAUAGGUUUGAUCUCAUGCAAAUAUAUUUUGCCAAAUUGCGUCAAAAUGAUAUCCAUCCAACAGCUUAUCUUGCCAAUUUGAUGAUCAGAGGUUUGGCAUUUGCUCAAGGCGUGGAACCGGCUCGUGAUCUGUUUGCAGAAAUGCACGAUCCACCGAUGGGCGUUGCAGCAAUUGGUAAUCAUCCACCCAAUCAUCGUCAUCAUGCAAAUGGUGCGCAUAUCAAGUCAUACGAAGCACAAUCAGCCGGCGAUGGACUUUAUGGCUUCCAAAAUGUUCUUCGUGAACCUUCUACGUUUGAAGCAAUGAUUAAAGUGGAAAUGCAAUUCGGUCAAAAGGAGAAUGCGAUCGUUUUGUUGGAACGUAUGAAAGAACGUGGUUAUCCACCUGCAAUUAUCACGAAAGCAUCUUCUUUCUUGACUGCGGAUGCACCCAUUCAAGUGACAGAACAACAACCCUCGAUUUGAGAGACUGUCAACAAUAAACAGUUUGGAUAGUUUCCAAUGUAUAUAUACAUCUAUACCAGUAAAACAUAGUAUACAGCACAUGCUUAAAUAGCAAACACAACACCACUCAAUUCUUUGAUUUCAAACAUGUACUUCUAUUGCAAUUUAUCUUACAC